AUGGCUCCCUCCAGCACUAGUGCUGCCUCCAGUAAGAAGCCUUUGUCCACCAAGACAAAGCCCAAGGCUUCUUUGAUCAAGAAGCCUUCCACCACAGAUAUGAAAAAAGGUUCGAGGUCUCAGAAGGCCUCUGGUAAGAAGACUCAGUCAAAGGAGUUGACACCAGAGCUGGAGCCUGUGGCCAAUCACCCAGAGUCAAUUGCAAAACUGGUGUCCAUGAAGGUUAUGCCCUCAAAGAAGGCAUCUGCACCCCCUUCAAAGACCUUGACCCUGAAGUUGAGGGUCUCUUUGACUUGUUCUUCAAGGCGGGUCAAACAGGAACUGGAGGCACACAAAGAGCCUGAGGAGGGGCAAGAGGUCAAAGCUGUCACCAAGUGGCACAAAGUAGAGGAGGAGGACCAAGUCAUGGAUGAGAUCAUUGUGAAGGAGACCACUCUGGAGCCAGCAGGGAGUGAUGAGGAACAGGAGCCACCCAGCAAGGAUCUCCCUGAGAUCCUCGCCAUGGUACCAGCCCCCAAUGAGGACCCUGAGGCCUGGCAGAAAGUCAGCAGAGUCUCAAAGUUUUGGGUCGAGCUGAUCAAGUGGAUCACAAAGAACAAUUCAAAGGAGCAGUGGCAGUUUGUGCCUCCCAUGGCGGCAUCAUACAUGGGUCCAGCAUUCAAGGUGCAGUGGUAUGCUUACAUGGGGAAACAAAUCACUGUGAAGCUGGCAACUUGUGGGGGCCCAGUUUACUUGCUGUUUGAGGAGUGGGUAGAGAUGCCAAGGAUGGCUGUGGUAGGGAGGGAUGACAAGCCGCCAUUUGAUACAUGGGUGCUCAGGCAUCAGGCAGAUCACAAGGCAGUUCAUGCCAGUGACAAGGAGCCAGAUGAGAACCUUGAAGCCACAAUUGAGGCCAAACAAGGGGUUUGGAAUGUGCUGCCUGAGAUCAAGAAGACUCAACAUUUGAACAUUGUUCAGAUGUAUCAAAUGGCCGGCAUUGAAGGAAGCCCAGUGCUGCCUGAUCUGAAGGUAGUGACACCAGUUCCCUUGCCCAAGAAGGCAACCCUGUUGAGGGUUUCCAUCUCUGCCACUGCUUCUUUGCCUUCUCUGCCUCCCAAGUCCCUGUCUGUGGUUGAGUUGAUGCCUGCUCCCAACAACAACAAGAAGAAGACAGGCAAAACACCAAAGAAUAAGCUCAGCGAGGAGCUCUUGGCACUGGCUGCCAAGGCCAAGCCUGAUCUGCUGUCAGCAUCAGAUGGGGUCCUCUGGUCUCUUUAG